AUGGCGCUAGACAUCGACCUCAUCAUCACAAACGCUACCAUAGCAACGGCCUCGGACACCCUCCACAACACAGACAUCGCCAUCUCCGCCGGCAAAAUCGCCCUGCUCGGCGCUAACCUGCCGACGCUCUUCCCCUCCGCCCCAACCCUCUCCGCCGACGGCGCCUACGUCCUCCCCGGGGGCGUCGACAGCCACGUUCACCUGCAACAAGACAACAGCCCAACAGGCGACACCUGGGAAUCCGGGACGCGCUCCGCAAUCGCAGGAGGCACAACAACCGUCCUCGCAUUCGCAUCGCAGAAACGCACAGACGAGAGCUUAUUUCCUGUUGUAAGCGAGUACCACGCUCGCGCGCAGGGGAAUGCAUACUGCGACUAUGGCUUCCAUCUCAUCCUCUCGAAUCCGACGGCGAGGGUUCUCGAGAAUGAACUGCCUAUCCUGGUGAAAGAGGAGGGGAUAAGCAGCGUGAAGCUGUACAUGACCUACCAGCCGAUGCGCCUGCGAGAUUCCGAGCUGCUGGAUGUCAUGGGGACGACACGGGCACUGGGGAUGACGACGAUGAUCCACGCCGAGAACGCAGAUAUGAUCGACUGGAUGACGAGGAAGCUCGAGGCCCGCGGACUCACGCAGCCGUAUGCGCAUGCGCUUGCGCGACCGAACAUCGCCGAGGACGAGGCGACGUAUCGCGCGCUUGCGCUGUCUGAGCUCGCGGAUGUCCCCAUUCUCAUUGUGCAUAUGAGUUCCAAGGUUGCGGCCGGGCAUGUCCGGCGCGCGCAGACGAGGCUGUUGCCUGUGCAUGCCGAGACGUGUCCGCAUUAUCUGUUUUUCACAAGUGAGAAGCUCAAGGGCGAGGGGUUCCACGGGGCGAAAUGUGUGUGUUCGCCGGCGCUUAGGGAGGAUCCGAUGGAUUUGGAUGCGAUGUGGGAGGGGCUGGUGAACGGGACGUUUACGACGUUUUCGAGCGAUCAUGCGCCGUCCAAGUUCGAUCAUCCCCUCGGAAAGAAAAAGGGCACAGCGACGUUUACACAGAUCCCCAACGGGCUCCCGGGUCUCGAAACACGCAUGCCGAGUCUCUUCUGCAACGGCGUUCUUACAGGCCGACUGUCGGUCCAGAAAUUCGUCGAGCUGACCGCUUCGAACCCGGCCAAGCUGUACGGUCUCUCCGAUCGCAAGGGGACGAUUGCACCGGGGUACGACGCCGACCUUGUCAUCUGGUAUCCAACCCCCGAACAGGCCGCGCAGUCGGGUUCCGAGAAGUCCGUUAUGCAGCCCUUUACCCUCACGAACGAAAUGCUGCACCACGAUAUCGACUACACGCCCUUUGAAGGUAUGCGCUUCACCAACUGGCCGCGGUAUACGAUUCUGCGGGGGAAGGUCGUGUGGAAUCGGGACGAGGGCGGGAUUCUGGGGGAGAAGAGCGACGGUGGGUAUUUGAAGCGAGGGAGGAGCACGUUGAGUCGGCCGCGGGAGGUGUUUGUGAAUGAGUUUAAUCCGUACGAAGCCUGA